AUGUGGGCCCUAGCAGAAAUUCUUUCGAGCCCAGCCCAUCAGAUCGUGGAGCUGACCACUGUAUCUCAGAUACCAUCUAUUCCUCCUCGGACUCGGAUGAGUUCAGAGCCAGAGUGUCAGGAAAUCGUUGUGCUGGAACCAGCAGAGCCAGUGAUCACCCACAAUAUCUCUGCUCCAACAUCCGCUCUGAUCUCGUCGAUGCUAUCUUCCAUUGAGGAAUCUGGGAGCCGACACUCCCUGGUUGGCUCCGGGAGGGUGAGAGUCGAAUUGGACCCUUGUCAGAGCCGACUCUCUCACUUGGAGCUUCAGCGCAGAGCAAGAAAAAGUAGGAGAUUUACCUUUAAAUACAGAGGAGAGCGUUUAAUCAAUGUCUUUCCUUUAGAGCUCAAGCAUGUACCCCUAGAUCUUAUGCAAAAACUGAAAGAGGAGCGAGAAGCAAAGCGGUCCCAGUUAGAUGCCAGACAUGACUACAUCCUGGGAAUUGUAGCUUCCUCUCUUGGGCUGGACAGUGCUGAGGUUGAAGAUGCCAUUUUGGAUGGAAGUCAGAUUGAACGGAUUGACAGGUUUUUUGCAGCCGGUGGCCUUCCUCAUCUUAUGUUCUAUUACCAGGAAGUGGACCCAAAUGAAACAGGAAUCCUGACUGGAACAGCACGAAGCCGCAAGCCAAAGCUAUUUGUGACAGAAGGGAAUGAUGUUGCUCUAAGUGGCACUUGCAUAUUCUUUGUAAGAUCCAACACAUCCAAAACCGUAACCACAGAAAAUGUGCAUAAGGAAGUGAGCUUCAACAUUUUAGAUACAUCAGACAAUGGUCUGCUGAGGAGCAUGGAGCAGUUGUUGUCAGAAAUCUUUAUUCCAGCUGUGAAGAGGAUGAACCAAGGAUGGGGUGAACUGAACACUAACCAGGCUGCUUCUGUAAGACAAGAAUUUCUAAAUACCUUAGAUGGAUUUGUUAGUGUUCUCAAUGGAGCUCAGCAAAGCUUGUUGGAAAAGGUUAACCUGAAAGAAUGCGAGACAUAUGAUUUAAAGGCACUCAAAGGUCCUUCAGAUUAUCUGACAGCAGCUAACAGCACUGAGGCACUGGAAAAAAUUGAGACCUGUAUGAAAGUAUGGAUCAAGCAGAUUGAACAGGUUCUUGCUGAGAGUGACCAGUUGCGCAAGGAAGCUGAUGACCUAGGGCCACGAGCAGAACUGGAUCACUGGAAGAAGCGCAUGUCUAGGUUUAAUUACUUGCUUGAUCAGCUGAAGGCCCAGGAAGUGAAGGCUGUGCUUGGAGUUCUGACUGUAGCAAAAUCAAAACUUCUGAAGACUUGGCGAGAACUGGACACACGUAUAACUGAUGCUGCCAAUGAAGCUAAGGACAAUGUGAAGUAUCUGUAUACUCUGGAAAAAUUCUGUGACCCUUUGUAUAACAGUGAUCCUGUGUCAAUGAUUGAUGCAAUCCCAGGGCUUAUCAAUGCUGUUCGAAUGAUUCACAGUAUUUCUAGGUACUACAACACUUCAGAAAAGAUCACAUCUUUGUUUGUAAAGGUAACAAAUCAAAUGAUAACAGCUUGCAAGGCCUACAUCACAAAUAAUGGGACAACAACUAUCUGGGACCAGCCACAGGAUGUCAUUGUAGAAAAACUAAAGGCUGCUAUCAGACUGAACCAGGAAUAUCAACACUGCUUUCAUAAGACCAAGCAAAAACUGGAACAGAUCCCCACAGAGAGACAGUUUGACUUUAGUGAGAUGUACAUAUUUGGAAAGUUUGAUACAUUUCAGAGACGGCUGAAUAAAAUCAUCGACAUGUUCAGUGCAAUUACUAUGUAUUCAACUCUACAGGAUUCAAAGAUUGAAGGUCUGGAAGUAAUGGCAACCAGAUUCCAGUAUGGCUGA